CUCUCUCUCUCUCUCGAAAGCUCUCUCAAAAUCUCUCUCUGCGAAAGGCGAUUUGGUUCUCCUUCGGUGGCUCUCGUCGGCGCUGUCUCGGCGACGUCUCGUUCAGUGGCUCCGUCGGCGACCUCUCUCUCGCUGGUUCUCCUCGAGGCGUCGGAGCUCUCUCUCGGUUCCUCUCCUCAAAUCGAAAGUUUGUUGGUUUUGUCUCUCGGUGGGUCUUUUCCUCCAAGAUUUCACUCGGUGGCUCAUCUCAAAUUGAAAGGAUCAAGGUUCAUCGACCAAAGGUUCAGAGCAAAAUUAAGGGGAACAAGUGACACACAUACAGAAAUGGAGGCAAGAAAACCAAUUAUUUGUGGCCUCUCAGCAGGAGGCAUCAUACCACCUCUCCCACGAGAAGAUACAGACGAUGAUGUUGAGGAUAUCCCACCAACUGAAGCAGAAGUGGUGGAGAUAUCAGAUGAAGAAGAAGACGAUAUCGUGGAGUUAUCAAGCGAUGAAUACAGGAGAAGUAUGGGGUACUUGAUUAGGGUGGAGGAAGAAGAAGAUGACAUUGCACCUGAGUUCAGAAGGAUGGUGCAAAUGAUGCAUGAGGAAGAGAAGAGGCUGACAGAGGAGAGGUUCAAGGUGUUGAAGGCGGGAAUCAAGCUAGAAGAAGGACAAUCCUCUACGGGUGAUGGUAAGAGGAAGAGAAGAGGCUGAGUCCGUGACCGUCUUUCUCUCACAUGGAUCAGCUUUGUUGUACUGAGUCCGUGACCGUGUCUGCAUUGUCUUUGUCUUUGUGUCUGCAUUGUCUUUGUUUCACAUGUCUCUGCAUUGUCUUUCUUUUUGCAUUGUCUUUGUUUCACAUGUCUUUGUUUCUUAUGUCACAUGGACUUGUAAGGACUUUUGUAUUUUGUCUUUGCUCUCUUUCUAGUUCCCGUGACUGUCUUUGUAUUAAAAUCAAUUUCAAGUAGUAUAAAGCCUUCAAGCAUCUCUCACUCUCUCGUUCACAUAUCACAACAAAACUAACCAACCAAGCUUUGUUCUCUCUUUCUCUCUAAUUACCAAACGAAACAACCAAGCUUUGUUACCAAACCAAAUCACAUUCCCUAUUCCCGUGUAAACCAAGCUUCAUAUCAACACUUAUAUUCCCUCUUCCCGUAUUCUUACCAAACCCAAAUCACAUUCUCUGUUCUUACCAAACCAAGAUCAAACCAAAUCACAAACAUGGCAUCUUCUUCAGAAAAUAAUUUUGAAGAUUCACUUGAUGAUUACUUUAAUCAAUAUUUUAAUCAAGCCUUUGAGACUUUAUCCAUGCGUCAUCAAGAAGAAGGUAGGAAACAAAGAAAAAAACGGGCUUAUAUCGAAAGACAUCGUGAAGAAGGGCACAUACGUUUAUGGAAUGACUAUUUCAGUGAAACGCCAACAUAUCCUGAAAAUUUCUUCCGACGACGAUUUAGAAUGAACAAGCGAUUGUUCAUGCAUAUUGUUGAUCGAUUCUCCAAUGAGGUUGAAUUCUUUCAACAAACGCAAGAUGCACUUGGAAGGAAUAGUCUCUCUCCACUCCAGAAGUGUACAGCAUCCAUUCGUGUCUUGGCAUAUGGUACUGCGGCUGAUGCUGUUGACGAAUACCUCCGACUCGGUGAAACUACUACUCGGUCAUGUGUGGAACAUUUUGUGGAAGGCAUAAUAUAUUUAUUCGGCGAGGAGUACCUAAGAAGACCAACACCGACUGAUCUUCAACGUUUACUUGAUGUUGGUGAGGCUCGUGGAUUUCCCGGGAUGGUAGGAAGCAUCGAUUGUAUGCAUUGGGAGUGGAAGAAUUGUCCCACCGCUUGGAAAGGGCAAUAUUCACGUGGCUCGGGAAAACCAACAAUCGUUUUGGAGGCGGUUGCUUCGUAUGAUCUAUGGAUAUGGCAUGCGUUUUUUGGACCUCCAGGUACCUUAAAUGAUAUCAAUGUUCUUGAUCGUUCACCUGUUUUUGAUGACAUAAUUAAUGGUCAAGCUCCGCAAGUCACCUUCUAUGUCAAUGAAAGAGAGUAUCACAUGGCUUACUAUCUCACCGACGGUAUUUAUCCGAAAUGGGCUACUUUUAUCCAAUCAAUUUCACUACCACAAGACCCAAAAUCAGCUUUAUUUGCUAAACAACAAGAAGCUGUCCGAAAAGAUGUCGAGCGGGCUUUUGGAGUCUUGCAAGCUCGCUUUGCCAUCGUUAAAAAUCCGGCACUUUUUUGGGAUAAAGUCAAAAUUGGGAAGAUUAUGAGAGCAUGUAUCAUACUCCAUAACAUGAUAGUAGAAGACGAACGAGAUGGAUACACUCAAUAUAAUCUUAAAGAGUUCCAACAAGAAGAAGACACCGGAAGUUCACAUGUCGAUCUCGAUUUUGAUAGGGAAAUGCCUACAAAUAUCGCCAAUAUGAUGGAUGCUCGAACUAGAAUUCGUGAUAACCCAAUGCAUGAACAACUAAAAGCUGAUUUGGUUGAACAUAUGUGGACUAAAUUCGGACAUUUAUGAAGACAACUGAGCUCGGAUGUAUCUUUCAAAUUAUUAUCGUGAUUUUUACUUAUUUUGUUUUAAUGUUUUGUAUUAAAUUAAUGUUUAAAAUGUUUUAUUUUAAUAUGUUUUAUUUAAUAAUUAUAAUUAAUCUUAAAAAUAAUUAAGUUUAAUCAUUUUUUUUAAGAACCCCAAAUUAAGAACUUACCAUUAAAGUUACAAAAAAACGUGUCUCUUAAGUAUAAACUCUUAACUUUCAUUAAUUACUAAAAAAUCAUUAAGACCCCAAAAUUGGCUCUUGGGAUUAAUGAUGCUCUAAUGCAUGUGCCCAAAUUGUCGUAAAUCAUCAAAAUUUGAAAUUACGAAAAAAUAAUGAUGCUCUAAUGCAUGUGCCCAGAUUGUCGUAAAUCAUCAAAAUUUGAAAUUACGAAAAAAGAGUUUUUUUUUUUUUUAUCUGUACGUUAUAAAUAAAUAUAGAAAAUAACGCACUACCAUUUCAAAUUUCAAAACUCGAAAAAACAAAUCGGCGCGUCUGACAUAUAUUUUAGGAGGGAAAUAAUAAAAAAAAGGAAAAUAAAACACAGAGCAAUAAUAAAAACUCACUCACUCACUCACUCACUCUUAUCUUGAUUCUGUUCACUCAUUUAAAAAAAAAACACUUACGUCCCCACUCUCUUCUCCGGAUCUCAAUCUCGGAGCCCUAGAUCUCUCCUCUCCGUUUCCACACUCUUUCCACCGAAGAUGCGUGAGAUCCUUCACAUCCAGGGAGGCCAGU